AAUUCCAGCCUUUUAAGAAGUUGUUUGGCAAAAGGAAAAAGAAAGAAGCAUCGUUGUCCCGGGAGGAGUCAGUGGGGAAGAAGAGUUACUCUGAGCAGAGUGUCAGCAAUGGGACUUUCUCUUCCGAUGAGGAGACGCUGGAGGACAGUCUAAGGUCCUUCAACUAUUCUAUGGGAACCCGGGCGUUUUCUCAUGACAGUAUUUUUAUCCCUGAUGGGGGAGCAGAAAGUGAGCAGACAGUUCAAGCAAUGUCACAGGACAACAUCCUGGGCAAAGUCAAAACUCUUCAGCAACAGCUGGGCAAGAAUAUCAAGUUUGGGCAGCGGCCGCCCAACGCCAUUCCCAUGAAGAAGGCGGGCAGUGGAGAGGCCAGCUUAGAAGAGGAGCUGCUCCCGACCAGUCCCAUGGAAAUUGUGACCCAGCAGGACAUCGUCCUCUCAGACACUGAGAACAGAUCCAGUGAUACGCCAGGUUCGCUGAGUCCUCUGAAUCUACCUGCAGCUGGAAGUGAGAUGGAAGAGAAGGUUGCUCCAGUUAAACCGUCUCGGCCAAAAAGGCACUUCUCUUCUGCUGGCACCAUCGAAAGUGUCAACCUAGAUGCCAUCCCCCUGGCCAUCGCUCGCCUGGACAACAGUGCUGCCAAGCACAAACUGUCCGUUAAGCCAAAAAACCAGAGGGUGUCAAAGAAGCACAGGCGGCUUGCCCGGGACCGACGAAAUGAGCAAGGUGGCCUUGAGAGCCAGCCCUCCCUGGAGCAGAACGGACACCUGGGAGAAGACAGGCAAAUCCGGCAUGAGGGGGAACCAGAGCCCCUGGAUUCCGAAGAGGAGAAAAGACGCCAAGAAGACUAUUGGCGAGAACUGGAGGCCAAGUGCAAGCAGCAAAAGGCGGAAGCGGCCGAGAAGAGACGCCUGGAAGAGCUGAGGCUGCAGGCGCUGGAGAGGCGGCUUUGGGAAGAGAACAGGAGGCAAGAGCUCUUGGAGGAGGAGGGCGAGGAAGAGGAGGACGAGGGGGAGGAGCUGCAGCUAGAGGCAGAAAAGGGGCAGCUGGAAGGGCAGAGGCAGAGCGUGGAACGGGAAGGUUGGCCAGAGCCGGAGCGGAGGGCGCGCGAGGAGCACGAGGAGGAGGAGGAGGAGGAGGAAGCGCGCAGGCGCGCGCAGGCCCAGGCCGAGGCCCAGCGCCAGCGGGAGGAGGAGGAGAGAAAAGGCGCGGAGGAACACCGAAGGCAGGAGGAGAGAAAACGGGCGGAGGAGCUCCAUAGGCAGGAGGAGGCGGAGGAGAGAAAACGGGUCGAGGAACACCGCAGGCCGGAGGAGGAGAGAAAAAGGGCUGAGGAGCUCCAAAGGCAGGAGGAAGAGGAGAGAAAAGGCGCGGAGGAACACCGCGGACAGGAGGAGGAGGAGAGAAAAGGCGCGGAGGAACACCGCGGGCAGGAGGAGGAGGAGGAGACACCGAGGCUCGGGGAAGAGCCCACCAGGCGGGAGGAGGAAGGGCCCGGGGAGGCGGCGCGGGGCCCCGAGCAAGAGGGACAGCUCGAGCUGGAGGACGGAAGGGGCCCGCGGAGCCCGCUUCAGGUUGACCUUGAGGAGAAGCCAGAAGGACAGGAAGACGCAAGACCCCAGGGGCAGAGGGCCGUCUCCGAGGAACCCAGUGCUGGCGAGGGCCCGGGCCCACAGGCCGAGGCGGCCGGAGCGCGGCAGGGGGAGAGGGGGCAUUUUCACGGGGACGGGCGCCCGGCGCUCGAGGCCGAGAGAGAAGCGGCGGGAACAGGCCGUGCCCAGAAAGGCGAGGGGCCGGGCGGGGACACGCGGCCGCCGGCGGAGAAGCAGGAGGCCGCGGCUCGAGAGAAGGACCGCCGGGCGGAGGCGCUGAGGUGGCAGGAGGUGGAGGAGAGGCAGGCCGCGCCCAGGCCCUACACGUUCCAGGUGUCCUCGGGAGGGAAACAGAUUCUCUUCCCCAAAGUCAGUCUGAGCCCCGUGACGCCCGCGAAGGACGCGGGACUUGUCUCGGCUCCCCAGGAGCCAAAGGCGCCCGCGUCCGGCGCGGCCCCCCACGCCCUGCCCUCGUCGCUGAGCGUCCCCCACACGGCCAUUCUGGUCACGGGGGCGCAGCUCUGCGGCCCGGCGGGCAGCCUGACCCAGAUCAAGGACACGGCGUGCAGGUCCCUCCUGGGCUUGUCGGAAGAAAGGAAGCACGUGGACGUCCCCGCCGUGGAGCCCCCACCCCGAAUGCCCGGCGACCCCCGGGCGGGCGGCGGGAAGGCCAGGCCUCCGCCGGAGCCUGCCGGCAGCGCGGCCGCGCUGGCCGAGUGGGCGUCCAUUCGGUCCCGGAUCCUGAAGAACGCGGAGAGCGACCCGCGCGGCGACAGGGAGCAGGCGAGGCCGGGCGACGAGCCCGCCGCCAGGGGCCGCUGCGAUUCCCGCGGGAACCCCCGGAAGACCCCGCCGCUGAAUGCGAAGUUCUCUAUCAUGCCUGCCUGGCAGAAAUUCUCGGAACCGAGCGCGGAAGCUGAGAGCGUUAGGAAAAGACCCAUAGUGGGAUCCGGCGAAGAGACAGCGCCUGCGCCUCCGCCUGCCGGUGCCCCUGAGCGCCGCAGGAGUCCCGAGAAGCUGGAGGUGCAGCAGGAACCAGCAGACACCACAGAGGGAUGCAAGUUUGCCAAAGACCUUCCAUCUUUCCUUGUUCCAAGCCUGCCUUACCCUCCGCAGAAGGCAGUGGCCCAUGCAGAGUGCACGAGCAUUUCGGACGGCGAGACCACCCAUGGCAUAGCAAAGCCAGACCCUGUGAUGCCGGGUGGGGAGGAAAAGGCCUCGCCUUUUGGAAUAAAAUUGAGAAGGACCAACUAUUCCUUGCGCUUCCACUGCGACCAGCAGGCAGAACAAAAGAAGAAGAAGAGGCACAGCAGCACGGGAGACAGUGUGGAGGGGGGCCCGCCUGCGGUGGGGAGCGCCCUGGGAGAGACGGAGACAGAGGAGGGGGCCGUCAAGCGCGGCCCCUCCCUUCCCCAAGAGAGGAAGCAGGCCCCAUCCACGCGGGGGGACCCUGCGGAAAGCCCUUCUGCUGCCGUAGCCCAGCCCAGAGCCCCACCCGCCAGCAGCCAGACCCCAGCUCCAGAGCAUGACAAGGCUGCAAACAAAAUGCCGUCGGCGCAGAAGCCAGCACUGGCUCCCAAACCCACCAGUCAGACCCCACCAUCAUCCCCGCUCUCCAAACUGAGCAGGCCCUACUUGGUGGAGCUGCUGGCUCGCCGAGCGGGGAAGCCCAACCUGGAGCCGAGCGAGCCGGCCAAGGAAGGCCAGCAGAGCAGCGAUCCCCAGCCACCAUCGCCCUCAGCCCCCGAGGAAAGGAAGGGACAGAAGGACGAGGAGGAAGAAGUGACAGAGAGGAAACCUGCUUCCCCACCUCUGUCUGCUGCUGAGCAAGAGAAGCCUUCCCAAACACCUGAGGCUGGGAGGAAAGAGAAGCCGCUGCUUCAGAGCAGGCACUCCUUGGAUGGCUCCAAACUCACGGAGAAAGCGGAAGCCGCACAGCCGCUGUGGAUAACGUUAGCGCUGCAAAAGCAAAAGGGCUUUCGGGAGCAGCAAGCAACUCGGGAGGAGAGGAAGCAGGCCAGAGAGGCCAAGCACGCAGAGAAGCUCUCCAGAGAAAAUGUCGGUGGCAGCCCGCAGCCUGCAAGUGGCAGUGGCAGCAGAGCGGGUUCGCUGCAGAAGCCCACCGCUCAGCCCGAAGAGAAGAAGCCUGAGACUGCGGCGUCCAGGCUCGAGCGCAGAGAACAGCUGAAAAAGGCCAACACUCUUCCUACGUCUGUGACAGUGGAGAUCUCCGAUUCGGGCCCCCCGGCGCUGGUGAGGGAGGUCACCAAGAGGUUCUCCACCCCCGAUGCCGCCCCCGCGUCCACAGAACCAGCCUGGCUGGCUUUGGCCAAAAGGAAAGCGAAAGCCUGGAGCGACUGUCCGCAGAUUAUUAAGUAAAGUGACUCUUACCCUUUCCUGUCGCCGGUUGUUGGCUCCUCUCUUGCCCUUUUUAUUUAUUUAUUUUUUAUAUGAGGUGAAGAGACCAAGCUAGGGAAAAGAAGCAUGUUUCAUAGGCUCUAAAGUAAUGUCCAGAAACAGAACUGGGGGUGGUCAUUGUAAAGAGUGUUCGCACAACCCUCGGUGCUGGUGCCUUGAGCUCCUCCUAGUUCUCAAGAGAAGAUUCCGUCCAAGGGACCCCAGGAAGCAAAACCUCUGCAGUAAGAUCUCCUCGUGAGCCUGCCACGCCCUCCGUGGCCCUGCCCCCCCCCCACACCCACGGCCCAUUCAGAACACAUACUUUUGCCAAUCUUUGUAGUGGCUUUUUGAUUCUCUUUUGUCCAAAAUAGUUACCCCACCAUAUGUUUGGGGAUGUUUAUCGUUUCUGCAGUUACAGUGAAAGGAUCGUGUGUAGAUAGAAACAAGAAUGCCUGUUCUCCUGAACGCAGUGAGUAACUGGGACUCACAAGGGACAGUCUGGCUCCCAACUCUGUGCCCGUGUCCGUUUUCAUGAAUUUUCCCCACCCUGAAGCUGUAACACAGAAGACGGGUCCAUUGACACUUAGACCACACUGUGCAUCCAGUGUGAGGCCCCGUUAUACUGAUACCCUCCUACAUACAUGCGGAGUAUUUGGCCCAGUUGGCUCCCAGGGAGCGUUUGUAUUUAAUAUGGUGAAGACAGGAAAUUCUUUUUCAGAGCCACAAGUUCUCUUUCUGUCUCGAAAAAUCCCCAUCUGGUACAGUGGUUCUUAAGAUGUCCGGGCUCUCUCCCAGGCCUGCUGAAUCAGAGCCUUUAAGGACGGGGUCAGGAAUGUAUAUUCUGACAAAGACUCUUCAGAUGGAUUCUGAUAUAUCCCAAAAGUUAAGAACCUUGGAAUAGACUGAUACUGGUGUAAUCCAGUUUUUCAGACGCUGAAGGGGAGGCUCAUUCACCCAAAAAGCAAAAGUGAGACAGGAAAAACAAAACAACCCCCUAAAAUAGCCAUUUAUUACAAGCAACAACAGGCUAUUGACAUUACAUGUCUCUGAAAAUUCCCUUUGCUCUUUAGAGAAAAUUAACAGGAAGCCAAGAUUUGGAGUUUUUGUACUAAGGACUUCCUGCAGAAAGUUUUUUCUUUAUUGUAAUUUAGACUCAAAUGUUCAGCAUUCACCUUGCUACCUUUAAAAAAAAAAAUCUGAGUUUUAAGUGGCCUUGUUAUUAUCAUACACAUGUGCAUACAGAGAACGAACUUGACAGUUGAAAAGCUACAUAUAUUCACUUUUAUUUACCUUAAUCUGCUUUUCAUGAAACAUAGACAUACCAGAAAACCCACAUAUUGCUGGUACUAACUUUAUAUUUCAUAGUGUUGGCAUUAUCCCCUUUUCUUAGAUUCUUACUCUAAAAUACAGGUACAAAUCCUUUGCCCAGUGCAAAGAGAAUUAAAACCCAUUUUCUUCUCCUUCAAAACAUGUUUUAUUUGUAUCUGUCAUUACUUUCCUUCAUGCUCACUCAAUAUGCAAGGUCCUGUUAUUCUAUCAUAUACCUUAAACGAUGACAGCAAAGUUAUUUACCAUGUAAACCAUCUCUCAUCUCCUAGAAACAAUGGCUCAGCCUCACUGUAGCAGCUGGCAUGUGUGGUAAAGUGGAUAGUCACUCUGCAAGUUGUAUUUAAUAUUAUAUAUACUGGACCUUCAGACUGUUAAGAAUCAAUGUAACUUUUUUUAUUGCUAUGGUAAGCAAUUAAUAUUCCAGUGCACGUGUUCCAUACUAAUGUUCAUUUCUAAAUCUAAUAUAUAGGCAUUAUUGGUUCCAAUGAUUUCCUCACUAAUAUAACAAUUUUUAAUGGGAAUCUUUCCACUGAGAGCCCUGGAAUUACAGUGCUACAAGCAGUUCUUCUGAAUUGACUUUUUCUUUCAUCCUGUCAGGUUUGUACAGUAUCACAGCAAUGGCAGGGACCAGGUGAGGAAAUAAGAUUAUCAUUAACAAAGCAUGGUAGAGGAGUCACCUCUGUACUGGCUCAGAUACCAGUGAGCUCAUGCAAAGUGGGAGAAAUAACCUUAGUUAAAUAUUUUCCAUCAAAGUCAAGAGUAUACCGAAGAAAGGGCAGUCACAGUACUUCCUUUUAACAACUUCUAAAGGGUAUGUGUUUAACAUUUCAUUUAAAAAUCACCCCAAAUUUGCACUAAAUACCAAUGAAGUGUUAUUUUGCUUUAGUUGUGUUGCAGUCUUUUUCUGAGCAACCGAACCAUGGGGAAAUUCUGUAAAAACAUGAAAAGUUCAAGACUUUUUUUUUUUUUUUUUUUAAAUGAAUGAUUUCUAUGUUAAGUACAUAAACUUUUUUUAAAAAUUUCAACAAACAUACACUUCUCCUGGCAAGGUUAUAGAUGAUUAACCUCUGUUCAUAGACUUAUAUAUAAAACUAGAGUUUUUUGUUUACUUUUUUAAUUUUUCAAGUGCAAUUGUUUCUUACACAAACAUUACUAUUAUCAUUUUAGCCAGUUAUCUGCAAAUGUAUAGUAUGUAUUGUCUCUUCUUGUGACGUUUAGUUUAUUUUAAAGCAGAAACAUUAAAGUGUCUUGCAAUAUUUUUACCAAUAAAAAUUAAGUAGACUUAAUGCAAAUAUGUUAGUGUGAUUUGAAUAUUAUUUUGAGAUUUUGGUUGUAUAAAGUUUUAAUGUAAAAUGUUCAUCAUUGAAGGGAAAAGAUCUUUCAAUAAAAAAUACC